UUUGCCGGGGGAGGUCAGGCAGCAGUGAACAUGGAGGUUUAGUCGUCACUUGAAGUCCGCUGAAGAAGGAGGGCUUUACUGAGCUGUUUUAUUUUCUGUUUUCUUUCCUCCACUUUGUGUUUUGCCCUCUGUUCGUUCUUCAUCAUGGAGAUGAAGAAGAGGAUCAGCCUGGAGCUCAGGAACAGAAGUCCUGCUGAGGUGGUGGAGCUGGUGGUGGACAACUGUCGCUCCGGUGAUGGGGAGGUGGAAGGUCUGACUGAUGAGUAUUCGGACCUGGAGAUCCUCAGCAUGGUGAGCGUCGGCCUCAACUCGCUCUCCAAACUGCCCUCCCUGCCCAAACUGCGCAAGCUGGAGGUGAGCGAUAACUCCAUCUCUGGAGGUCUGGACACGCUGGCAGAGAAGUGUCCCAACCUGACAUACCUGAACCUGAGCGGGAACAAGAUCAAGGAGCUGAGCAGCAUCGAGGCGCUGCAGAACCUGAAGAACCUGAAGAGUCUGGACCUGUACAGCUGUGACGUGGCCUCCAUAGACGACUACAGGGACAGCGUCUUCGAGCUGCUGCCUCAGCUCACGUAUCUGGACGGAUACGACCAGGAGGACAACGAGGUGCCGGACUCCGAUGAAGAUGAUGAAGCUGGCCCACCUGGAGAUGGUGAUGAAGAUGAUGAGGAUGAUGAUGAGGAAGGGUCUGAGGGAGAUGAGGAUGAGGUUGGCCUGUCGUACCUGAUGAAGGAGGGGAUCCAGGAUGAAGAGGAUGAUGGAGAUUAUGUUGAAGAGGAGGAGGAAGAUGAGGAAGAGGAGGAUGGAGGUGAGGACGGAGCUGCUGUUCGGGGGGAAAAAAGGAAGAGAGAUGCUGAGGAUGACGGUGAUGAAGAUGAUGAUGAAUAACUGACUCACCUGGCCCCACCCCCGCUGGUCCCGCCCCCUGACCUCUCACCCCUGCUGGACGUGGUCUCAGAGCUGCAGACGACAGGAAGCUCAGCUGAGAUCAGCUCGUGUUUACAGCUUGCUGAUGACGUCACAGUUACCACGGUAACAUCAGAACUAUGCUCAGUCCGGUCCGAUCCAGCUCUUAGAACUCAACGUUUUUCAUUCGUCGAACGGUCGUCACGUAAACAAUAAAUAAACCUUGGGUUUCCAUCCUAAUAGAACCAGGUUCUGGUCUACGAAGCAGGAUCAGACCCUUAUUGAGGUUACUUCAGGCCCAGCUCGGGAUUUUCAGUUUCAUAGAGCUCUUUCACUUCUUACUAGGUUUAUCACCGUGGCAACAGAUGCUGGAGCAAACUUGGUUCUAAGGUUUAUACGUGACACGUGGUGGUUCUGGUCUGGUUUAAACACUGAAGUUCCGCCCACCAACAUCAGGUCAACAGGAAGUCCAGCUGGUAAUGGUGCCAGGUUGUCUGGGCUCAGUACCGGGUUUGGACUGAUUCCAGACACCUGCAGUGAUUCUAAAGCUGUUCAGAACCAGCUGAAGAACCUGUUCCAGUAAACCCAGUCCAGCUGCUGUGAAUGUUCUGGUCUAGACCCUUAGCCUGCAGCUUCCUGUAAGACUACCCUCAGCAGCUGUUGGAGGUGUGGCAUCAUCUCAACAACAGCUGCUGAUUGGUCCGUUUUCCUGGACUCCACUUUUAAACUGACUGUUACCUCAUUAGCCCCGCCCCCUCCCACCUGUCACCUGGCCGUCUGCAGCUCGGUGCCAGUCCAGCUCUUCCUGGUCUCUGGUCUUUGUAAAUAGUGAAUCGGCCUGUUUUGAUUCUGUGGUGUCGUCUCUUUGAGUUUGGAAAGAAGAACCGGAUCUGGACUGAUCCGGUUCACCCACUUGUUUUUAUUUUUCUGAUCCUGUUUCCGCUCGUGUUGCUGUAACUGGACUGUUUUUAAAUAAAACCACUGAAACUGA